AUGGUCUCUGACGAAGAUGAAUUGAAUCUUCUCGUCAUCAUAGUUGAUACCAACCCCAUUUGGUGGGGAAAGCAAGCCCUGAAGGAGUCUCAGUUUACGUUGUCAAAAUGCAUCGACGCCGUGAUGGUGUUGGGGAAUUCCCAUCUGUUCAUGAAUCGGUCCAACAAACUUGCUGUGAUCGCAAGUCAUAUUCAAGAGAGCCGAUUUCUGUAUCCUGGAAAGAACGGCAGACUGGGAGACAUCUUCGGAGACGCCUGCAGCCUCCCCUCCGAAUUUAAUCCCACCGGAAGUAAAGACGGAAAAUACGAGCUGUUAACAGCAGCUAAUGAAAUUAUCGCUGAAGAGAUUAAGGACCUCAUGACAAAGAGUGAUAUAAAGGGUCAGCACACGGAGACGCUGCUGGCAGGAUCGCUGGCCAAGGCCCUCUGCUACAUUCAUAGGAUGAACAAGGAAGUUAAAGAUAACCAGGAAAUGAAGUCAAGGAUAUUGGUCAUCAAGGCUGCAGAGGACAGCGCCGUGCAGUACAUGAACUUCAUGAACGUCAUCUUCGCGGCCCAGAAGCAGAAUAUUUUGAUCGACGCCUGUGUUUUAGACUCCGAUUCGGGACUCCUCCAGCAGGCCUGUGACAUCACGGGGGGCCUGUACCUGAAGGUGCCGCAGAUGCCCUCGCUCCUGCAGUAUUUGCUGUGGGUUUUCCUUCCUGAUCAAGACCAGAGGUCCCAGCUAAUCCUCCCACCCCCGAUUCACGUGGACUACAGGGCUGCCUGCUUCUGCCACCGGAACCUCAUUGAGAUCGGCUACGUGUGCUCCGUGUGCCUGUCAAUCUUCUGCAACUUCAGCCCCAUCUGCACCACGUGCGAGACUGCCUUCAAGAUUUCGCUGCCUCCUGUGCUCAAGGCUAAGAAAAAGAAAUUGAAAGUAUCCGCUUGA